AUCUUUAUUUAUUGCUCCGAUAUGACAAUGGCACAAACAGCACCAUUCUUUCUCUGUUUCAUUCUCUGUUUUUAGCACACUAAAUCCCUAUAAAUUCCCAUAUUAUGGUACCAAUUAAGGCUCAAAGCAAAUUAAAGCCAUAACCCAAUAUGAAUUUGUAAAAAAUAAUUUUUUUGAUGAUGUGUUAGUCCCACCUUCCUUAAGAUUACCAUUUCUUCAAUCCAACUCAACUUCUUCACCAUUAAAAGUUUCACUCAAAAAUCCCACCUUUCUUUCUUUAUAUGCACUUAAUUUCCUAAAAGAUCAUUUUUUUUCCAAAAAUAGAUUGAAUACUUGUGGGUAUUUUUUAUUUUGUAAGGUAAAAUGAGUAUAGAAGUAAUACAAUCUUCAAGUAUAAGUUCAAUACAAUAUGACCCCACAAGAAAUGAUGGUUUAUACCAACACAAUUUCAUCAAGACUACUCCUUUGUCUUCUGUAGUUGCUGUUUUAGAUACCAACAACAAUACACAAAUUCAAGAAGAAAGAGAUUUUUAUCAGUUUAAGUUUAUUGGGUUGUUUGUAACAGCUUUUAAGAGAUCUGUUUUUGGGUGUUCUUAUUGUGAGAUUAAAACAGGUUUUUUUGAUUCAUCCUCAUCUUCUUCUGUUUCUGCUUCUUCGGGUGGAAUGGAAAUUGGAUUACCUUCAAAUGUAAGGCAUGUUGUCCAUGUCACUUUUGAUAGAUUCAAUGGGUUUCUUGGUCUCCCUAUUGAAUUUGAGCCUGAUGUUCCUAGAAGAGCUCCUAGUGCUAGUACCAAAGUGUUUGGAGUUUCGACCAAUUCCAUGCAACUUUCCUUUGACACUAGAGGAAAUAGUGUGCCUACGAUUCUCUUGCUAAUGCAACAUCGCUUGUAUGCUUUAGGAGGUCUUCAAGCGGAGGGAAUUUUCCGAAUCAAUCCUGAUAAUGGGCAAGAAGAAUAUGUUAGAGAUCAACUAAACCGAGGGCUAAUUCCGGAUGAUGUUGAUGUUCAUUGCUUGGCCGGUUUAAUAAAGGCUUGGUUCAGAGAACUUCCAACUGGUAUAUUGGACUGUCUUUCACCCGAGCAAGUCGUGGAAUCUCAAACGGAAGAGGAGUGCUUUCAGCUUGCGAGGCUUCUUCCGCCUACAGAAGCUGCUCUCUUGGAUUGGGCUGUAAAUGUAAUGGCUGAUGUUGCGGAGUUUGAAUAUCUGAACAAGAUGAAUCCACGUAAUGUUGCUAUGGUAUUUGCUCCGAACAUGACCCAUAUGGCAGAUCCUUUGACAGCGCUAAUGCACGCAGUGCAAGUGAUGAAUUUCUUGAAAACACUCGUCGAAAGGACACUAAAAGAUAGGGAAGAUUCGUUAUUAGAUUCCGAUCUUGAAUCUUACAGCAGGGAUCCUUCAGGUGACAGCCAUUGUCGCACCUGCUUGCACACCAUCCACGAGGAGAAUAAUGAAAGCAAGCCAGAUGUUGCACAAGUCCACACUUCUGAACCCAUGAACGGAACCACUUCAGUCGAGAAAGAAGAGGAUUCCGCUAGAGACAAGAGUGUUCCGCCUGAAGACAACAUUAAAACUAAGUCGUCCAACAAACAGAAGAAUAGUAAAAGUGUUCGGACUUGUACAACCAAAAAGGGACUUAAAAACAUCAGUAACGAAAAACUUCUGAUUCAGGUGCCUAAUAAGUCGGCCGAGAAAACUAAAGGAAGAAUCGUUGCUACGAGUGUGAAACUUAGCAACAAGAGAAUUGAAGCUCGACAAUGAAUUUAGUCGACUUCAUUAGCUCCGCCUCCUUAUUUUGGGGUCGAUUUCAUAGGGUGUAUUUUUCUCGAGUCGAGGGUCUCACUGGCCAGAACCUCUUCCUCUUCUUCAAUACGGGUAUCUGGGUAUGUGAUCAUAUCUUCUAUGAGUUGAAUAUACCGGAUAUGAUGAUGAUGAUUUGUACGAGUGAGUUGUGGAUUUGCUGUGUGUUGUUGACUUGUUUGGAAGUUAUAACCCCAGGAAACUGAAGUGAUUGUUGUAUCUUUUACAAACAUAAGCCUCGUAGUCAAGGUGUAUACUUGCAAAAUAGCUUUGUAUAGUUGGAAAUUUCACAUAUACUAAUAACAAAGUUUGUAUGUAACUUAUUUAUGGAGUUUCUCAUCAUCAAAAUUUUGGAGCAAAAUGAGCUUGUAAGUUGUGAUAAUCCUUAAAAUUAAUGAAUAGGAAAGCAAAGUGAAUGAAUUUCUUCACGAUUUAUUCAUA